CAGGCCAGGUCGAGCGAAGCUGCCGGAUGGCCGAGCACGAAGCAUUCUUCGCCUCCUGUUGGUUGCACGGUGUCCAUCUCAUCGUGACUGUCAUCCACCUGUCAUCCUCCUGCGGACACGGAGGUCGGAGGCAGCUCGCCGCCAUGGCGACCGCAGCGAAACCCGUCCAGUACAAUACAAUGCCUGGAUCAGCUCAUGCUCCCACGGCGUGUCCGCACUGCACUCAACCCCACAGAGUAUCUUCCUUGGACCCGCCCUCCCAUUUCGUCUCUUGUGUCUCUUCCUCCGUUUUCCUCUGCGCACACCUGAUUUCCUGGUGGCCCCACGCCCCCACCUGCCAAACACUCGGACUUGGCAAACUAGGACCUUUCUUCCCUGCUGCAUUCGGCUCUGCUCUAUCCACUCUGCUCACAAAGGGGGCUAGGAGUAGACUGGAGAUUUGGGGCUUCACCUACUACUGUAUCUCAUCGUCAUCUGUUAGUUCAAUUACCCUGCUACUGCUGAUUGAGGAGGACGAGGAAGCAGCGUCCAUGGAGACAGCGAGGCCCAUCCUGUACAACGCCUGGAUCAGCUCCUGCUCCCACCGUGUCCGCAGCGCUCUCAACCUCAAAGGUGUGGACUAUGAGUACAAGUCAGUAAAUCCCAGGACAGAUCCAGAUUUUGAAAAAAUCAACCCAAUAAAAUAUAUUCCUGCACUAGUAGAUGGGGACAUAGUCGUUUCCGACUCUCUUGCCAUCUCAUUGUAUUUGGAAGACAAAUAUCCUGCACAUCCUCUCCUGCCUAAAGAUCCGAAGAGGAAAGCUCUUAAUCUUCAGAUUGCUAGCAUAGUUUGUUCAAGCAUUCAACCUCUUCAAGGCUAUGCCGUUAUUGGUUUGCAUGAGGGAAGCAUGAGCCCUGAUGAGAGCCUUCAAAUUGUUCAGCGUUAUACUGACAAGGGAUUCAGAGCGAUUGAAAAGCUUUUGGAUGGAUGCGAGAGUAAAUAUGCUACUGGAGAUGAUGUCCAAUUGGGUGAUGUGUUUCUAGAGCCGCAGAUCCAUGCCGGCAUAAAUCGCUUCCAAAUUGAUAUGUCAAAGUACCCGAUUUUGGCAAGACUUCAUGAUGCAUACAUGGAAAUCCCCGCAUUUCAAGCUGCGCUUCCUAAAAAUCAGCCAGAUGCACCAUCGUCGUAAAGAAUCAAGAUUACCAUGCUACAUCGAAAUGCAUGCUUUUCAUUUUCAAUAAUAAGUUGGAAGAGUUUGUUUAAACAAUAAUAAUUUGGAAGGAUGGUAACUGCUUCAGCACUGGGUUGGAUGUUAGCUUACCCAUUCAUGAAGACUCCGUCAUAUGUUUAAGUUGUUUCUUCUCUUCAUUGAUAGGUUGUGUGCUUUUCUAGCAGAGGGCAGUAAUUUAUUCAAGUAUCACCUCGAUGUAACACUACUUGAUAUUAAUAAGAUUUCUCUUUUCGAAAAAAUAUAUGUUUAAGCAGUUCGCUGUU